GGUCAAGCAAGAGAUAACCUUGGAAAUAUAGUAAUAAGAGGUACUUACUAUCUGUUCUUAUUUAUCAAUUGAUCUUAUUGACCAUAAUCUUCCUAUAAAUGACACUUCUAGUUCAGCUUAUUUCUAUGCAAGUUCCAAUUGUGCAAUUAUACCCUUGAAAUAUGCGCCGGAUAAGAACUUCCCGAGCUUUGACGCAUGAAUAUGACGAAAGGAGCUCCCUGGACCAUAGCUCUAAUCAAAUAAUCAAUUGCUUUUCUACACCUUCUUGACGUCUCUUAUAAAAACUUUACCUACAGGUAUCUACGCGUCCGAAUUGCAUAUCCGACAGACAUCGCCAACCUAUCCCAUUUCUUUGUUUUGACUUAAAACCAUAUAACUACCCCUGACUAUCUAAACCCCUCCACGAAACCACGAAAGCUUCCUCCCACGAUGACAGAAACAGCGUCUAACACGCAACCUCCAACCGCAAUCAACCUCCGCGCGCCUUCCAAAUACCUCUCCCCCUCCUCCAAAGCCAACCCAACUACCACUGCCAGCGCCCCCUUUGUCUCUCCGCCCCUCGAAUGGCUCUGGCGCACGUGGAUUGUAACGCACUCCACGCUGAGCAUGUGGCGCUCCGCGCGUAACGUGCGCAUCACGUACGCGCCGUACAAGCCAGUGGCCGGCGCCAACGACAACCUGGUCGAGUACGAGAAGCGGAGCGGCAAGGGUGGCGUCAAGACUGUCGUGGGUAUUGAGAAGCCGGACCCGGUUAUACCGGGGGCGUGGACGUGGCGAGGGAAGGGGUUGCUGGCUAUUGCGAGUAGCCACUGGGAGGUUUUAGGAUGGGGUGAACGUCCGCUGCGUGGUGCGAGUGGUGAAGGAAACGCGGCGGAGGGAGGGGGCGAAGGAGAAGGUAUUGAGCGCUGGGCUGUGACGUGGUUUGCGCCGACGCUGUUUACGCAGGAGGGCGUUGAUAUAUACAGUGAUCGAAAGGAAGGUCUAAGCAAAGAGACGGCGGAGGAAAUUAUCAAGGUAUUGAAGGAAUUGAAGGAUGCGCCGAAGGUUGUAGAACUGGUUGAGAAGCAUAUGCAAGAGGUUGAUAUCAGCUUACCAUGGAAAGAGAGAAAAUAGGCAAAGUUGGUCACGGUUGGGAGUUUGAAAGUAAUGAUACCCAUGAAGCAAUAGCACAUUGGAAGGCGACAAGUAAUAAUCCAAAAGUUUUAACC